AACGAGGGACGUUUAAAGACCUCGCGGACGCGCCGUCGUCUCGCUUCCUGGUUGAAAAUGGCGGAUGAGAAUGAGACAGCACCGCUGCCGGGGAAAGAAGACGUAGAGGACCACGCACACUGCAGCGACUGUGAAAAUGAAGAGCACCACUUCGACGAUGGUGACCGGGGUCAGGGCGACGACAGCAGUGCCAAAAAGAAGAAGAGGAAGCAGAAGAAGAAGAAAAAGAGCGGCGCGCCCACAGAAACCUCUCAAGACCCCCUGGCGAAGGUGAAUUCGCUGCCCGCUGACAAGCUGCAAGAGAUCCAGAAGGCCAUCGAACUCUUCUCAAUCGGCCAAGGUCCCGCCAAGACCAUGGAGGAGGCCAGCCGGAGGAGCUACCAGUUUUGGGAUACGCAGCCUGUGCCCAAGCUGGGCGAGACUGUGACAUCGCACGGCUCCAUCGAACCCGACAAGGACCACAUCCGUGAGGAGCCCUACAGCCUCCCGCAAGGCUUCUGUUGGGACACCCUGGACCUGGGCAACCCUGCUGUGCUCAAGGAGCUCUACACUCUUCUCAAUGAGAACUAUGUGGAAGAUGACGACAACAUGUUUCGGUUUGACUACUCGCCCGACUUCCUGCUCUGGGCUCUGCGGCCCCCCGGCUGGCUGCCUCAGUGGCACUGCGGAGUGAGGGUGAAUUCCAACCAGAAGCUAGUGGGCUUCAUCAGCGCCAUCCCCGCCACCAUCCGCAUUUACGACAUUGAAAAGAAAAUGGUGGAGAUCAACUUCCUGUGCGUCCACAAGAAGCUCCGAGCCAAGCGAGUGGCCCCGGUCCUGAUCCGGGAGAUCACCAGACGCGUCAACAUGCAGGGCAUCUUCCAGGCGGUGUACACGGCCGGGGUGGUCCUGCCCAAGCCCGUGGGCACGUGCAGGUACUGGCAUCGCUCAUUGAACCCUCGCAAACUGAUUGAGGUGAAGUUCUCCCACCUGAGCAGGAACAUGACAAUGCAGCGCACCAUGAAGCUGUACCGCCUGCCCGAGGCCCCCAAGACGUCUGGCCUGCGGCCCAUGACCAAGAAGGACGUGCCGGCCGUGUGUCGCCUUCUGCGCGAGUACCUAAGCCUGUUCAACCUGGUGCCCGUCAUGAACCAGGACGAGGUGUCCCACUGGUUGCUGCCCCGUGACAAUAUCAUCGACACAUACCUGGUGGAGAACGAGGGUAAAGUAACGGACUUCCUGAGUUUCUACACACUGCCGUCCACCAUCAUGAAUCACCCGGUGCAUCGCACUCUCAAAGCUGCCUAUUCCUUCUACAACGUCCACACCACCACCCCGCUGCUGGACCUCAUGUCGGACGCCCUCAUCCUGGCCAAAUCGAAAGGUUUUGACGUCUUCAAUGCACUGGACCUCAUGGAAAACAAGACUUUCCUGGAGAAGCUCAAGUUUGGCAUCGGCGACGGCAAUCUACAGUAUUACCUUUACAAUUGGAAGUGUCCCAACAUGGGCUCGGAAAAGGUUGGUCUGGUCCUGCAGUGACGCACCCCCAGCCUGCACCCUGCCCAUCCCCUCCGGCGUAAAGUGUUACAACAGGACCACCACCGCGGCGGCACCAUCGCACCUGACUGACUGGCACGAAGACUCUUUUGAGAAGAAACCUACUUCCCGUUUUCUUUUUUGGGGGGGAACUUUUUGGACCUGCAUUAUGUCUGCUAGGCAGGGCAAGGACCCCACCCCAUUUCAGGCGAACUUUGAAGCGGUUGCGGUUACAUCAAAGCCAAUAUUUGACAUUGGAGGGUGAUUGUACCAACACACACACACACACACACACACACAGUCUGCGAGAAUGACUGCAAUCCAACUAUGAAAAACAAACAUACAUGUAGAUAACCAACAACACCACUGCUAAUUUGUGCCCGAAUGCACACCACUACUGUUUUUAUGUUCGGAGCGCCCCCCCCCCCCCCCCCCCCCCCCAAGUAACAUUUGACCUAGAUUUCAAAUGAAAACUUUUAAAAUAGGAAGCUCAUGAGGUGCUAAUAAUCUAACAUGAUAUAAUAGCAAGGGCUUUUCCCCCAUUCCUGCUUGAUCAUCUCAAAUGUUCUCAUCCAGGCGUCAUUCUAGAAGAUAACAAGCUGAAUCGCCAUCAACAAGGUGAGCAGGGGUUUUACCCUGAUAAGCCACGCUGUGAUUGCACCAGACUUUGACACCUUUGUUAAUGAUAAACCUGCUGUUAAAGCUCACUAAUACAACGACUUAUUUGCUGAAGCGUUGCAUUUUCCUACUAGAUAGUAAGAGAACGACUGCAAAUAUGCUGUUUCAAAAAUCUAAAUAGAAGCUUGGAUGUGUGAAAAAAAGGCCGUCUCGCCAUUAAAAUGGCAGUUGUGAAAGAGCUCAAAUGGGGAUGGGUUAAAAAGAAAGAAAAAAAAAAAAGCUUUUGGGAUUUUUUUUCAAUCAUUUAAAGUAAAGUGAAGCUGUGGGUGACAUUUUUGGAGCAAGAAAUAAAAUCUACAGAAAGCGA